CCAGAAUGUCGUACCCAGGUUAUCCCCCUUCAGGCUAUCCUGGUUUCCCUGGUUAUCCUCCAACAGGUCAAGAGCCUGCCUACCCGCCAGCCGGCCAGUACUCCUAUCCGGCCGUUCCUGGAGGAUACCCUCCAGCAGGAGGGGGGGCCUAUCCUGCAGCCCCACCGAGUGCCGGCUAUCCCGGGGCAGCAGGAUAUCCCGCGCCAGGGGGCUACCCCGCGCCCGGGGGCUACCCCGCAGCGCCCCAGCCUGGAGGAAUGCCACCUUACCCUGGAGGCCCCGGCUUUGGCGUGCCUCCCGCUGGCCCUGGCUUUGGUGGCUUUCCUCAGCCUCCGGCCCAAAGCUAUGCUGGAGGCGGACCAGCGCAAAUCCCAGUAGGAUAUGGUGGGGGACAAACACCAUCACCAAUGCCUGGCCCGCCUGCAGCAGCAGUUCAGUGUACCCAGGGCACAAUUCAAGCUGCUCCAAACUUUGAUGCUGGAAGAGAUGCAGAAAUUCUGCGCAAAGCUAUGAAGGGGUUUGGAACGGACGAGCAGGCAAUCAUUGAUGUUGUGGCGAACCGCUCCAAUGAUCAGAGGCAAAAGAUCAAGGCAGCUUUCAAGACUAUGUAUGGCAAGGAUUUAAUUAAAGACCUCAAGUCUGAGUUGAGUGGAAAUGUGGAAGAACUGAUUCUAGCGCUUUUCAUGCCUCGCACCUAUUAUGAUGCCUGGAGUUUACGUCAUGCAAUGAAGGGAGCUGGCACUCAGGAGAGGGUGCUGAUCGAGAUCCUUUGCACAAGAACAAACCAGGAAAUUCGAGAAAUAGUGAACUGCUAUAAAUCAGAAUUUGGAAGAGACCUUGAGCAAGACAUCAGAGCUGACACCUCAGGACACUUCGAACGAUUAUUGAUAUCCAUGUGCCAAGGUAAUCGGGAUGAGAAUCAAACUGUGGAUUAUCAGAAAGCUCAGGAAGAUGCUCAGCGUCUGUACCAAGCAGGAGAAGGAAAGCUUGGGACUGAUGAAUCUUGCUUUAAUAUGGUGCUGGCAAGCAGAAGUUUUCCUCAAUUGAAAGCAACAGUUGAAGCAUACUCCAAGAUUGCUAAUCGGGAUUUAUUAAGCAGCAUUGACCGAGAAUUUUCUGGAAAUGUGGAGCGUGGUUUGAAGGCUAUUUUGCAAUGUGCUUUAAAUCGUCCAGCCUUUUUUGCAGAAAGACUUUAUUACUCCAUGAAAGGAGCUGGCACGGAUGAUUCUACACUUAUCAGAAUUGUAGUCACUCGCAGUGAGAUUGACCUUGUGCAAAUUAAACAGAUGUUCACACAAAUGUAUCAGAAGACUUUGGCCACAAUGAUAUCAGGUGAUACAAGUGGUGACUACCGACGUUUGCUGCUGGCAAUUGUUCGCCAAUAGAAGAUUUUAUGUUGUUUUUUUGUUUUCUUUUUUAAAAGAAACUGAAGGACAUAACAUGUUUUAUGCAACCACUGACUAUCCAUGUGUGUAAAAGAAUAAUUUUAAACUCUGUGUAAUCAAAAAUGCCUUCUUGAUGAUUCAGAAAAGCUUUUUGCACUUAUAUUUGCCUUAAUUUACAGCACAUAAUAUUCUUUAUUGUACAAUAAAAGAUGUAUCUUGUCUACUAGUCCUAUAUCUUAGUGCUUUUAACCCAAACA